ACAGCUACAAGCUCUCCAGCAGCGACAGCAUCAGCGACAAAUACCUCCCCACUUACGUCCACCUCUUCUCCUGCAACAAGCCCAUCUCCUACAACCACCUCAGCAGCUCCUCUAGCCACUACUCAGGAGAACACGUCUCCAUCUGAGACUGCAACUGCACCAACAUCUACCCUAACACCAACCACUACUUCUACCCUCACACGUACAUCUCUCCUCAACACAAGUACUGCCCUCUCAUCCAAACAUUUAGAAACAACCUCCACUGCUUCCAUCGCCACAUCACCAUUCCCAGCUACACCUGGUAGCUCUGCCUCUCCAAUCUCUACUGUUGUUGAAACAACUACAGUUUUCUUGUCAACAACUGAAACACAAAGUAAAGUAGAAGAAACGACCACCGCAGUCACAUCAAGCCCAAAUGCUGUAUCUUCUUCUCAAACAGCUACAAGCUCUCCAGCAGAGACAGCAUCACCAACAAACACGUCCCCACUUACGUCCACCUCUUCUCCUGAAACAAGCCCAUUUCCUACAAUCACGUCAGCAGCUCCUCUAACCACUACUCAGGAGAUCACUUCUCCAGCUCAGACUUUUUCUGCACCAAUGUCUACACAAACAAUAUCGUCCACCUCAUCACUCACUGUUAGUUCACCGCUCAAUACUAGUGCUGCUCUCUCCUCCACAGCUAUACUUAAAUCCACCACUUCUACUGCAGCAACACCAGCUCCUGAAACUACAGUUACGAGCUCUUCCACUCCAAAAGAACCUACACCUUUUUUGAUGACAACCACACUUUUCUCAACUAUGCAAGAAACCUCCAGUCAGUCAGGUGAAUUGUCUACAGUUGCUACUUCCAUCACAGCUUACAGAACCUCUUCUGGUCUGGUGGCAGGCACUAAUGAAGUGACCACAUCCUCAUCCACCAUCUUCACAUCACAUUCAAGCAUUUUUGCAUCUGAGAGAAUUUCACCUGGAACAACCACAUCACCUCUUCCAGCAACCAGUGCUCAGGAGAGCACUUCUCCAGAGUGGACAUUAUCUUCUUUCACCUCUGCCCUAACUGCAACCUCAACUUCUGCAGUCACAAUUACAUCCCUGCUCAACACAAGUGCUUCAGUCUUAUCCAAUCCUGUAGAGACAUCCACCACUUCUACCCAGGAUACAUCACGUUCCCAUACUACUACUAGCUCUUUCACUCACACAGGUCUUGAACCAGAAUCUACUUCUCUGUCUACGUCAUCAGUGCCAUCCUUCCCAUCUUCUGAAUCAACCACUUUAGUCUCCUCUAUCCUAGCUAGCACAUCCUCACCUUAUCAUUUCAGAUCCUCUACUUCUUCAACAACACAGACAUCGACACUUCCUUUUUCUGAUGUUGGAAACACCACUAAUUUUGAGAAAACCUCUCAUGUUAGUUUUUCUCCUCUUCCUAUUACAU